CUCGGACGUUCACGUUCAUAAGCACAAGUGAUCUUGUUAGUUUACCUCGCACCAUUCGUUUUGACAAAUUCCACCGCAGUUUUUUUGGUUUUAUUUCAAUUCGAAUGUUUUAUUGCAUGCUUUGUAUUUGUAGCUCCCGUUUUUGUUUGAUUCAUGUGCUGUUUUCGCUUUGCAAUGCGUUUGCGCUGCUUAAAGAUUUUCGAGAUCUUCAAUGUGCGCGCGUUACGACAACCCAACGUUCUCAACCAUCCAACCAUUAUUUUCCUCUCCAGUCCUCACUAUUUCCUCAAACCACUACACUCACACCCAAUAAUACACCCUCCCACAAUUCAUGCACAAAUAUGUUCAAUCAAAUAACCUGCCCCGACCUUACGUAGUUAGAACGUGCAAACAUCGGGUUAGGGCAAUUCACCGAUUUUCUCUCCCGAAGGUUUACGGGAGAAGACCUUCUCGAGGAAAAGAAAAUACGAGGGAAGAAGU